AUGAUCCAAGGUGGUGCUCUCACCUCAAGAUCCUUCGAAGAACGAUCUGCCACCAGAAAUCAGUCGCGGAGGUCAUCACCGCACAACGAAAGAGGUCGCUCUCCUACUCGGUCAUUAAUUGGCCGAUCACCUCCAAGAAGAGAAAUAUCUAGGCACGACGCCGGACGACACGCCAUCCAACAACGUCCAAGCAAGAUCAUGAUCCCAAAAGAUUUACCUUUCACUCCAGGGAUCCUUGAGGAACCUCUCCCAAUGAUGAAGCUUCCCAGCCACAUCAAAUAUGAUGGUUCCACAGACCCGGACAAUCACAUAGCUGCGUACAAGGGACAUAUGUACUUGUACACCGCAUCCUUGGCAGUAUGGUGCAAGUGCUUUCUGGCUACGCUAAGAGAUUUGGCCCAAACUUGGUUCAAGAAUUUAAAGGUCGGGCCCAUCCGCAAUUUCAGACACUUGUCGAAGCAAUUAUGUGAGCACUUCGUCAGCAACAAGCGUAGGGAAAAGACAUCAGCCGAACUAUGGAGCGUGAAGCAGCGAGGAGACGAAAGCCUAAGAGACUAUCUUGGGAGAUUCAACCGAGAAGUUGAGCUGAUACCCAAUAUGAAGCCGGAUGUCGCCAUACUAGCUCUUACUCAUGGCCUACAUAAAAGCAGGUAUAGAGAUUACCUAGCAAAGAAGAAUGUCCCCAACCUAGGAGCUGCUCUUGAAAAGGCAGACGAAUACAUCAGAAUUGAGGAAUUUAACAAGACAUUGGUCGUCUCCGGCCAUGAUGAUGAUGUCCAGCCACAGAGGACAGACUUCAGGAAGGGCGACAAAAGGGAGAAGGGUAGUCAAAGGAAGAAGGACAAUACAGAUAAAUAUGAGAACGACGAGUAUGAAAGUUAUGCACCUUUACUCGUUCCUCGAUCACAAAUAUUUUUCAUGAACAGAACUGAUGACAAAUGGCAACGCCCUCGGAAGAUGCACUUCAAGAAUCGGGAUCAGUCUAAAUGGUGCGACUUUCAUGACGAUUAUGGCCACACGACCGAUGAGUGCCGAGAUCUCAAAAACAACGUGGAAGACCUGAUUCGGCGAGGCUAUUUCAAGCAAUACAGGGCUCACAGCCGAAAUCGGGGGGACAAUCAGGAAGAUAGAAAGGAAGAGGAUGAUACAACCUUUUAG